AUGCGCUGCAGGCCAUUGUGCGUGACCACGCGAGCGCAGGCACACCGCGUCUCUUUUUUUCAUGCAGGCUUGGCCUCGGUGACCGAGGUGCCCUUCCCGGCUCUCACUGGCGGGACGAGGCAUCCACAGCCUCGGUCCCUUGCCCAGGGCGUUCACUGUGGUGCGUGUCUGCGACGGACUGCGUCGGUUGCUGCCGCCCUGACUUCCGCGUCCUCUCCGUGCUGGACAUCCACGGCACGACUCUUCACCAACGCGAAGAAGUCGUAUGCGCGCGGCACGGAGGAGGAGCAGCAGAUGCGUCAGGAGGCUGCAGCGAGGGAGUGGCGCCGCUUUCUCGCUCAGCCAGUGGACGCAGACGGCGGUAACGCCCCGACGGCGCGCAGUGUUGAGGACCGCCUGCCAACCAAGAAGCAGCUGAGCGAAGAGUUGCCUACGAUGGCAGAGCUGGAUAAGGCGCUUCGUGAGGGGAGGAUUGAUGCGUACGCCAUGAAGCUAGACAAGGACGAGGAGUAG